UUCUCUGUGAAUCCCCCCAGAACGAGUUUACUGGGAUACUUCAUUCCAUAUACGUUGAUCUUUUCUAUAUUCUCGAAAACGCGUUGAAUAUAUACUUUGAAUCGGAUGUUAGUUAUCUUUUGCAAUGUUCACAAACGUUAUCCGGAAUGUUUUGAAGGAAAUAUUGUUUGUUAUAGGAUUCCGAAUGCAAAAUUUUAACGUAUUUCCACCAAUGGCAGAUGUUUGCAAUUGUUAAGUAACAUUGAAUAGAUUUCAUGCAAACUGCAUUGUGAAUUGUGAGUCCUGACGUGUAUCUUGACUUUUGGAAUCGUAGUUUGCAAAAAAGUCGACAAAGAAAUGUUAAUCAUUUUACAAUCAACACAAACAGACUAAUAAAACCUUCGGGAUAGUGGAUAGUGUACAUCUAGACGGAAUUUCUGCUGCAGUAUGUCGAAUUCCAAAAAAUCCUCCGGCGAAAAUCGAUGCAGGAAUACUUCUGGAAAUCGAGGAGGGCGAGGCAAGAGAGAAAAUUGGAGGAAUCGUUCAACGGAUGGCAAUGCCGAACGACCCACCGGCGGGCUUCCAGGGGGUCGCAGGCCUCAUCCGUUCCACGCGAGGUCCGCCAGUAGUUCAAAUGAUCAAUCAGACAGUGCCGGUCGCCCCAAAAACAGAAAACACCAGAGCAGAGAUGGAGACCGAAGGCCCCCUCAUAGAAACGAUGACCAGCAGAACCCGAGGAAGAUCAGACAGAUGGGGUUCAAAUUCCUCCAGGAGUUGCUCAUGAAGGAAGACCUCGAGGCAGUCGUCUUGUCUUUGAGUAACGACAGAAAGGGGUUCAAGGAACUGCUCGAAACCAGACAGGUCUCCAACGAUGUGAUAGUGCUGAUCCUGAGGCUGCUUUGUAAGAUAAGCGAGUGUUCUUUUCGGUCGGCCAAGGUCGGGCUGUUUGAGUCUGCUCUGCGAAGCGCUUUUUCUGACAACGUCAUCCGCUAUGUCUCUACUAUCGCCAUUCAGAGCGAUCACGAUAAGAGGUUCAACUCUGAAUUUUGGAAAGAUACAGACCAAUUCUGGAACAAUAUCAUUCAGAUUUCCCGUACCAUGCAAGAUCUCAUACCGACCACUUCUUGUGACGUUACGUCGAAGCUCCUCAAGGCAGUGAAAUUGUACAUACCCAUAAUAGAAACCACCCACUCCAUACACAUAUCGGACACCAUCAAGAAUGAAAUUGAGGAACUAUUUGUUAUGUAA